AUGUCGCACAAGAUUCCUGCCAUUGUCUCCCAUCUGGUGAGCGACCGGGCCAAGAAGACGAUUGACAUUGUCGCCAAGUUUGUCGAAGAAGAGUGCAUCCCCGCCGAUGCCGUUCUCGAAGCCCAGAUUGGCGAGGGCGACGCCCGCUGGGAGAGCGAACCCUCCGUCAUCGAAGACCUCAAGGAGAAGGCGCAGAAGCUGGGCCUGUGGAACAUGUUCCUGCCCAAGGGCCACUACAAGGAGUCGCCCGGCUGGACCAACCUCGAGUACGGGCUCAUGGCCGAGUGGCUGGGCCGCUCGCGCAGCGCCUCCGAGGCCUGCAACUGCGCCGCCCCCGACACAGGCAAUAUGGAGGUGCUCGCCAAGUACGGCAACGACGCGCAGAAGAAGGAGUGGCUCGUCCCGCUGAUGGCCGGCAAGAUUCGUUCCGCGUUUCUCAUGACGGAGCCCGAUAUUGCGUCGUCGGACGCGACUAAUAUCCAGAUGGACAUUCGCCGCGAGGGCAAUGAAUACGUGCUCAACGGCUCCAAGUGGUGGUCAAGCGGCGCGGGCGACCCCCGCUGCAAGGUUUACAUUGUCAUGGGCAAGACGGACGCCAAGAACAAGGACGUGUACCGCCAGCAGUCAGUCGUUCUAGUGCCGGCGGGCACACCCGGCGUCAAGAUUGAGCGCAUGCUCAAGGUCUACGGUUACGACGACGCGCCGCAUGGCCAUGGCCAUAUUAAAUUUACCAAUGUCCGCGUGCCCGUCAGCAAUGUGGUCCUCGGCGAGGGUCGUGGCUUUGAGAUUAUCCAGGGCCGCCUGGGACCCGGCCGUAUCCACCACGCCAUGCGCUCCAUCGGUGCUUCCGAGGUUGCCCUCGACUGGAUGCUGAUGCGCGUCAACGACGAGCGCAAGAAGCCCUUUGGCAAGUUUCUGAGCCAGCACGGCGUCAUUCUUGAGUGGAUCGCCAAGUCGCGCAUCGAAAUCGACGCCGCGCGGCUCAUUGUCCUCAACGCGGCUGUAAAGAUGGACGAGCACGGCCCGAAAAAGGCGCUGACGGAAAUUGCGCAGGCCAAGGUGCUGAUCCCGCAGACGGCGCUGACCGUCAUCGAUCGCGCGGUACAGUCGUUUGGCGGCGCGGGCAUCUCGCAGGACACGCCGCUGGCCGGCAUGUGGGCGUACAUCCGCACGCUACGCUUCGCCGACGGGCCCGACGAGGUGCAUCUGCAGCAAAUGGGCCGUAAUGAGAACAAGCGCGGCAAGCAGGCGGCCGACAAGAUCAAGUGGCAGCAGAACAAGUCGAAAGAGCUGUUGCAGCAGUACGGCGUGCAGAACAAGCAGAUUGGCUCGCAGAUUAAGCACUCGAAGCUUUAG